AUGUCCUUCUUCUCGCAGCUGACGGGCGCCCUGACUAUGUGCAGCAGCCCGGACGUGCGGCCGGUGCGCACGGCCGCAGAUCCGCCCCUGGGGCCCAAGGAAGCCCUCAGUCUUCUCAAGGACGGCAACAAGCGCUUCGUGGAGGGGCGCCCGCUUGCCAACCGCACCAACUCAGUGAUUCGCAAGGAGCUGGUGGCGCAGGGCCAAGCCCCGCACACGGCGAUCGUUGGCUGCGCCGACUCUCGCGCCCCCCUGGCAGAGGGCAGCAUCGUUGGCAGCUUGGAGUUCUGCACGGGCAAUUUGGGCAGCCGCUUGGUGCUGGUCCUCGGCCACACAAAGUGCGGUGCUGUCUAUGGGGCCACAAAGACGUUUCUGGAUGCCCAGGGUCCCCCCAAGAAAGCUGGCUCUGCGCUGCAAGGGCUUCUGCAGGACCAGGCCCAGGAGGAAAUGGGUCCUGGCGCGGACUCCGAUGCCAUCGCGGCCCACGCGGCCUUGGUGAAGUGCGGCCAGGCGCCCCACAGCGCCAUCCUUGGCUGUGCGGACUUGCGAGUGCCCGGCGACACCGUCUUCGACGCGAUGCCCGGAGACCUCUUCACACCUGCACUCACGCUGCUCGGUGCAGAAGGGAGCAUCGUUGGCAGCCUGGAGUUCUGCACCGGCAAGUUGGGUGCCCAGCUGGUCCUCUGGGGCACACGCAGUGCGGGCUUGGCCGGGGUGGCGCAGCACAGCGAGGAUCUGGGCCCAGGGGCCGAGGAGGCCAAGCUCAUCGCUCAUGCUGUGAAGGUGAAUGUCUUCCAUUCCAUGAACUUCCUCCUGAAGUUCUCUGAGCCCCUGCGCGACCUGGUGCGCAAAGGGAACCUGCACAUCCAGGGCGGCAUCUAUCACCUGAAAAACGGGCCGCGUGGAGAUGGCAAUGAGCGCUUCACAGUGGGUGCCCCCACAGCUGGCAAGGUCCACCAGAGCAUGCGUGCGGAUUUGAACAACAUGGGCCAAGCUCCCCACACUGCUCUGGUUGGCUGCGCUGAUUCGCGCGUGCUGCGCAACGCUGGCAACACCUGCACACAUGCCGAGGGCAGCGUGCUUGGCAGCCUGGAGUUCUGCACCGGUGCGCUGAACACCCGGCUGAUCUUCAUGCUGGGGCACACGGCCUGCGGUGCCAUCAAGGGCGCCACCAAAGCCUUCCUCGAGUCCAAGAAGUCCGGUGAGGCCAAGAAGGACG